AUGGCAGAACAUCAAUCAAAAUUGAGUGCAACCCAAAGUGCUAUAGCAGGAGGUAUAUCUGGUGCAUUCACAAGAGCCAUUGCCCAGCCACUAGAUGUUUUAAAGGUCAGGUUUCAAUUGCAGCUUGAACCUAUCAAAACAGGAUCAAAAUACAGUUCAAUAUUACAAGCAGUAAGAUCUAUUAUUAAAGAAGAAGGUAUAACAACACUUUGGAGUGGUCAUAUCCCUGCUCAAUUAUUAUCAAUAUCAUAUGGAAUUAUACAGUUUGCAACAUAUGAAAAAUUAACACAAAUUUGUUGUCAAACUGAUCAACAGCUUUAUAAAACUCAUAAACAUUGGAUAAAUUUUUCAAAUGGUGCUAUUGCUGCCACUGCAGCUACAAUAUUUUCUUUUCCAUUAGACACAGUAAGGACAAGAUUAAUAGCUGAACAAAAAACUAAUAAGGUAUACAAAGGAUUCUCAAAUGCAUUUAUUAUGAUAAGUAAAAACGAAGGACCUAGGGCAUUGUAUAAAGGAAUAGUCCCUACAAUAGCUCAAGUUGCCCCUCACGCAGGCUUUGUAUCUAAAACAGCUAUAUAUCCAUUUGAUUUAAUUAAAAAAAGACUACAGAUUCAAGGUUUUCAACAACAUAGAAAGUAUUUUGGUAGACAAAUGUAUUGUAAUGGAGCUAUUCAUUGUAUAAAAUUAACUAUUUCAGAAGAAGGAUUUUUAGCAUUAUAUAAAGGAUUCGCACCCAGUAUUUUCAAAGCUGUCUUUGUUUCUGCAUUACAUUUUGCUGUGUAUGAUGAAAUAAAACAUCAUAUUUUAAAGUUGAGUGUU